AUGAAUACUAUUGUUAAGAAAGAUGAGAUCCCGGAUGUCAAAGCGCAGCUCGAUGAUGAAUGUUGUGAUAAAUCUGAUGAGGAAACAGACUUUGUUUGCACUGCGAUACCAAAUCCGGAACCUCUCCAAGGGAAACUUCUCUUGGAACCUGUAAAAAAGCUAUCAGAAAAAUCCCCUAAAGAUUGGAACGACGAUGAUGUUAUGCCGAUAGUUAAACUUCUCGCUGGACGAACUUGUAUUGAUGGAUCGGGAGACAAUUUCGAAGGGACUAAUGCAUUUCAUUCAAUCAUCGUUGACUUUUGA